AUGCAGAUUUUCGUCAAGACUUUAACCGGCAAGACCAUCACUCUGGAGGUUGAAUCCUCUGAUACCAUCGACAACGUCAAAUCCAAGAUCCAGGAUAAGGAAGGUAUUCCACCUGAUCAACAAAGAUUGAUUUUCGCUGGUAAGCAGUUGGAGGAUGGCAGAACUCUUUCUGAUUACAAUAUUCAAAAGGAAUCUACCUUACACCUGGUUUUGAGGCUAAGAGGUGGUAUGCAGAUCUUCGUCAAGACUCUAACCGGUAAGACCAUCACCUUGGAAGUCGAAUCCUCUGAUACCAUCGACAACGUUAAAUCCAAGAUCCAGGAUAAGGAAGGUAUUCCACCUGACCAGCAAAGACUGAUUUUCGCUGGUAAGCAGUUGGAGGAUGGCAGAACGCUUUCUGACUACAACAUCCAAAAGGAGUCUACUUUACAUUUGGUUUUGAGACUAAGAGGUGGUAUGCAGAUUUUCGUCAAGACUUUGACAGGUAAGACUAUUACCUUGGAAGUCGAAUCCUCUGAUACCAUCGACAAUGUCAAAUCCAAGAUUCAAGACAAGGAAGGUAUUCCACCUGACCAGCAAAGAUUGAUUUUCGCCGGUAAGCAAUUGGAGGAUGGCAGAACUCUUUCUGAUUACAAUAUUCAAAAGGAAUCUACCUUACACUUGGUUUUGAGGCUAAGAGGUGGUAUGCAGAUCUUCGUCAAGACUCUAACCGGUAAGACUAUUACUUUGGAGGUUGAGUCUUCUGACACGAUAGACAACGUCAAAUCCAAGAUUCAAGACAAGGAAGGUAUUCCACCAGACCAACAAAGAUUGAUUUUCGCCGGUAAGCAAUUGGAGGAUGGCAGAACGCUUUCUGACUACAACAUUCAAAAGGAGUCUACUUUACAUUUGGUUUUGAGACUAAGAGGUGGUAUGCAGAUUUUCGUCAAGACUUUAACCGGUAAGACCAUCACUUUGGAGGUUGAGUCUUCUGACACGAUAGACAACGUUAAAUCCAAGAUUCAAGACAAGGAAGGUAUCCCACCUGACCAGCAAAGACUGAUUUUCGCCGGUAAGCAGUUGGAGGAUGGCAGAACGCUUUCUGACUACAACAUCCAAAAGGAGUCCACGCUCCACUUGGUUUUGAGACUAAGAGGUGGUAUGCAGAUCUUCGUCAAGACUCUAACCGGUAAGACCAUCACCUUGGAAGUCGAAUCCUCUGAUACCAUCGACAACGUUAAGUCCAAGAUUCAAGACAAGGAAGGUAUUCCACCUGACCAGCAAAGAUUGAUUUUCGCCGGUAAGCAAUUGGAGGAUGGCAGAACUCUUUCUGAUUACAAUAUUCAAAAGGAAUCUACCUUACACUUGGUUUUGAGAUUAAGAGGUGGUAAUUAA